AUGAUCGGAGGAGGCGACAAGAUUCCCAGCGUGGCUACCCUCGACAAGCCCGAGAACCUCGACCAGCUCCUGCGUGAGGACCGCGGCGAUGAUUGCACGUCUUGCAGAGUAGUUGGAGGCGGUGCGUUCCUCGGUCUCGCAGCGUAUAACUAUCUGACCGGCAUGGGACACCUCGAAAGGCAACGUGCGGCGAUCAUCAAAUCUGGCUCGAGGUUCGGCAUGAGAAGCCGCAAGUUCGGUAUCGCUAGCAUCUCGAUGGGCCUGGCCUACCUCGGACUGUGGAGGUUGUUCCGUUAA